CCCAUUCCCGGGCGGCACGGUGGACGUCUGAUAUGUAAAGUUUAUGGAAAAUGUUACUUGAGUAAAUGUAACGGACUAAAUGUAGCGCAUUACUACCCACCUCUGGAAAUAAGUCGAGGGAUGAGUUGAAGAAAAGUCGGGUUCCAAUAUUUAAUCUUCGAAAUGUACUGAACACUGAGGAAAUUCAGAUCCAAGCCUAGUUUGAGUUUUUAAAUGAAACAGGAUUGAUAAAGACAAUAAAGUCUAGUUUCUUUAUUUUGCUCUCUAGUCCUAGACAUAUGUACACUCCAGCACAACAGAUGGUGGUAAUGCACCUUGAACGUUUGAUGCCACCCGCCCACAAACAAGAAGAAGAAGACGAAGAAGACGACGACUAAAUACGGCUGGGAAACUUUGUUCCAGAAUCUUUUCAUCUCUUUUUGACAAGCGUCUAAAGGGAAAACGUACAGGGCGAUCCAUUAUUGGACACAUCGGACCCUUCCCUGCCGCAGGGCACCCUGCCAGCGCUCCGAGCUACCCUUCUGGGCUGCCUGGGCAAACUCCAUUGGGAAGGAAGCGGGCAGCACACGUCCGCUCUGAGCGUCUUGCGAACAGCGACAUACGGGCUCCGGCCGCACUGCCUGGGAACUUUUCAUUUUCUCUGCUCUUCCUUUUUUCUUCCUCCUUUCCCGCCAAAUCCACCUGUUCCCUCGUGUGGACCGGACCGGUCAAACAUUCAGGAGAUCGACCCGCCUGCCUUUAUUGUGUUCCACGCACCUGAUAGCCCGAGAUGAGCAUCUUUCAAGAAAGCGUGCGACAUUUAGUGGCUGCUUAUGAUCACACAUUAGAGCAGCAAAUAGUGAGGAGAGGCUCCUACCUGGCAUGCAGCGAUAAGGAGCUGUGGAAGCAGGUGGAUGAGCUCUUGAGCAACAAAAAUGCUCAAGAAACCCACUGCCUGAAUGUGGAUCCUCUGAGCGUUAUGGAAGAGUCGCUCAAAGUGGAAGCAGCAUUAAGAAAAGCAUCGAAAGCAGGUAGCGCCAAGCAAGUGAAAGCAAGAGGAGGACUGCGAGGCCUUGCCAAAGCGUUUGAGGUUCUUGAACAAGCCGCUUUGAACCUGUACCUUGGGCCCUGGAGGGAAGAGUACAAAGUUGUCAAGAUGUACUCAGGCAUGUUUACACACUACAUCAAACCGGUGCUGUCCGAGGCACAGAUCGAGAAGCUCUUUGGUUUGCUAGGAUACCAGUGCUCAACACGACAGGAGCAGCUUCAUCUCCAGUUCCUCACAGUCAGCCCAUUGAUUUUGGAUGAUUUCCUCUCCCUGUCGUGUGCCUUUUUUCUGGCACGCUGCGAGUGCCGCCUCCUUCUGACGGCCCUGGAGAAUCAUGGCGGUGAUCCCCAGUGGGAGCUGUGUAUGGUCAGGGAGAGACUGCGGGGAUGUAUCAUACAGGUUGCGCUGGACAAUACUAAAAGGACAGUGGGAUUCAAGCAGCCACUGAUGGGGUCUGAUGAAGAAUCAGAUGUGGAUCUGUAUACAGACAAGCAAGUUAAUGGGAGGCAGAGAGGGGUGCUUGUUCCUGUUGAUGAGAGUUCCCGCUCGUUAGCGUGGGCGACUCUGCCUGUUACAAUGCACCACAAUGGAGCACUGUCCUCAUCCUCCCACGCCACGAGAGAAUGUGUUUGCGUUUCAACACUUGGCUGCCAGGUUAGCAAAAGGUCAGAAUCCGAACCAUUCCGAGGCUCCUCUGCAAGAUUGAGUCAACCCAGCAGCGCUGGUGGGGAGACAACCGCUGAUUUGGAUCUACAACAUUACAGCCGACAGGCAGAUAUGGUAGUGAUGGGAAUGUAUGAGGUGGAAAGCAGCCACCUUUGCAGCUGCCUCCAAUCUCCUCACCUCUACUUGAACCAGUGUCUCGAAUGCAACACACUCCACAAUAUCUCCUGUCCCAUGGUUCAGCGCUGCUCCCAGGACGGGCACAAAGUGCUCUUGUCUGAAGAGAUGAAAGAAUCAGAAGCGAUGUCACCUCAGAGCCGAAAUGUCAGACCACGAGCUUUGAAUGCGUCCCCGACUCUCAGCGGCAGCGGUGCUGCAAUGUCGUCUUUAUCUUUGUGUGAUAACACGAAAUCAUUGAGCCCCAUUUAUCAUCCAAUUAGUUAUCACGACUGCUGCGACCUCAACCGCCUUGAUCCCCAGGUUCUAUGUCUCAGUUGCAGCGUUUUCCACUCUGCUAUCUGCAAAGGUUUAGACUUUUGCGAAAGUCAACACACACUCAAAACACUGGGUAACUGUUCCUGUGGGAGGACUUGUUCCAGAAAGCCCAUGGUUCUGUGCAGAUAUUGUGGAGCAGAGUAUUGUAAUGAUUGUUGGUAUAGAAAUCCUCUCUCAUGCAGCUGUGGCCAAACAUUUGAUCAGGCAUCUUCUCUGUGAUUUGUCAGCAUACUAAGGCCAAGAUAAUUCUAUUUACAGUGCCUUAAAUAUGCAGAGUGGGGGGAAAAAAAUCAAAUGCUCAAAUGUUGCCUUGACUUAAUAAAAAAAAAAAAAAUAGUUUGUGUGCAACUUUUUUAUUUUAUUUUAUUUAGCUCCUGUGUACGACCUUUGUAACUCAUUGCCAGGCCACGGUAUACAUUUGGUUUUCAUCUUGUCCUCUGGGGCCCCUUGAAUAUGUAAUUCACUGCCAUGCAAAUUGUUGUUUUUGUUGUUUGUAGCCAGACUAUAUUACAGUACAUUGUAUGGUCCUGUGAACGGGGCACUACAAGUACCCAAUUUGCAUGUUUAAUAAACUCAAAACUACAUCAGAAAGAUCUGAAUCCAGGAUACGCACAACCUAGUUCCGCAUUUGGAAAAACUGGUAAAAGCACUUCUUCCUUGCUCGGGCGAAUGGCGAAGGGGGCCGUAAU